UACAUAUAAAGAGUAGCAUCCCAGGCGAAAAUUUUAGUCGUGUUUUUCGGGUAUUUAGAAUUCUUCAUUUUCGUGCGUCCGCAACUCUAGCAGCCAUCAGUAAAAUGCGUUUUAUUUACGUAAUUUCUUGUGUCCUUCUGUGCGGAGUCGUCGACAAGGUGACAUGUAAAUUUGCGAAAAUCAUGGGUACUCAAGUGAAAACGGAGGUCAAUCCUAACCAACAUUUUAUGGCAACGAAAACGCCGAUUACGGACGGCCAGAACAUAACUUGGUACAAAGACAUGCCUGUGCAAGGCUUCCUGCAGUUUGCUGGCGAGGUGCAAUACCAGAAGGGGAAAGCGCUCAAAACGACGAAGUUGGAUUGGAGUGCUAAGCUUGAUUUAUGUGAGGAGCUCGGGGACGAGUCUUUCGCCGAUCUGGCGGGUCAAGUGCUACGGACAUCGUGGCUGCCCAAUGGAUCCUGUCCCGUCCACAGGGGCACCACCUACCAACUGAGAAACCCAUUCCCAGCGACUGUCGAUCUGCCAUUCCACGUCAAGUCUAAGCAGUACGUGCUCAACUUACACGUUGGAUUUUCCCAAUCCAAUAUUCUUUUCUCGACGACGUACGAGAUCCAGGUCCUGAAGGAAGAAGAGAGUUUAUUUUAAUUAGGAAAUGUACUUUAUUCUCCGUCGUUUCGGUAAUUCAAGCGAAGAACAAGAAACGAGAAAAUGCUAUUUCUCUACCAAUACUGAUAUGACACAUGCACCAAAGAGCUGAUCGUGUUGGACGCACUCACGGAAAUCGAUUCAUCUGGAUAGUCAAAUUUUUCAUUCGUCAGUUUCCUUAUCGUAAUAAAGUUUUGUUGAAACCUUUCAAAGUUUCGAUCGUUCAAAUUUUUAGCAAUCUUUUUAAAGGAAUUGUUGAAAGGCGUCGACAAAAUUAUAAAAUUAUUGGUUUGUUGCUGAUCAAUCGAAUGGAAGUUCAGAAUUAUGCAUAAAAAAACAGCAGAAGAUCGUCGUGGAAGAACCUUUUCAGCGAACCUUUCGAAUGGAUGUGUGGAAAUGACACCAUAUUUAAUUUCUUGAAAGAUAAUCCAAUAUUUCCUGUAUCAAAGUUUAUAAUUAUCACCACAACAAUCGACGAACGACAGCUUCGUGCAUUCGACAAUGCCAACAAUAUUCGUGGGCAGAGAAUAAUUAGCCUGAACCAUUAUCUACUUUUGUAUGAAAAAAAUUUUUUUUUAAUGCCAUUCAUGUACGAGUUUCACUACGACGUACCUUAACCCAGACAGAUUAGGACUAAAAAUGUGUUAUCAAGGAUUUGUAUCAUCGUAAUGUUGCAAUGGAAGUCCAAUUAGUUGUUACUUUGAGUCAUUCAUUCAAGUUUGUGUUGAAUUGGCAUGAAGCAAUGCAUAAACUGGGUCGUUGUGAAAUUGGCAUUUAAUGAAAUGAACAUCAAAUUAAAAUAAUGAUUUACACCAAUUUGAAUAUUUUCUAAACCGUUUUCCAGGUGGAAUUUAUGGUCUUACAUAUAAUUUCUUAUCGCGACAAUUUCUUGUAUCCACAAAAGAAUAAUUCGUUGGAAAAUUUACGAUAAUGCAUUUUUGCUGUCCCUGAAUUAGCUAGGCCUAAUGGGCACGCGGCCAACCACAUUCCAGUGGAAUUUCUGGUGACUGAUACGUGGCUAUUUCUGUAACAUUAAAAAUUGCUCGCAAUAGUGUAAGAAAAAGUAAUGUCAGGAUAAUAAUGGCACACGAAGAAAUAUUAUUAUCAAUAUUUUCUCUUUAUUCUACAUUAUCGAAGCAGAAAUAAAAUAUAAUGACGUGUUUCUUUCGGAA